CACAGCUUAAAUGUAACCUUAAUUUCUAACAGAGCAGAUUUGUAUUGGACAAUCUCCAUGGUGACCCCAAACGAGUGUAAAACCACUGACUGAUGUGCAGCAGCAAAAAGAUCUGGAAGCAAGGAACUGUGUGGACAAAAUGCCAACUAAAGCUCAAGAGGAUGCUGUGAUCAACAUGAAGUCUAUACAGGAUAUCUCGAAACAGCUGGGCUUUGAAUGGCCAGUUCUUGCAUAUGAACUGGGCUUCACAAGAAUUGAAGUCCGGCAGUUUCAUGCUACAUCAAAGGAGAAGCGGGAUCAGGCCAAGAGCAUGCUGGAAUCCUGGUAUGAGAGGACUUGGGAUAAGCCUAAUAAGACUAAAGUGCUGCAGGAUGGACUGGAGCGUGCUGGUCGUAGAGACCUGGCUGAGAGGCUGCGCUGUCUUCAUUGGGGCCACCAGAAACUCAGCCGCAGAGUCGAGCUGCCCUCUGCCUUCCCCUUUCUCAUAACCGUCCACAAGACAAUAGAUAACAAGGAGGCCCUGAGAAGAAUAAAUGAGCUUAAUCGCAGUUUCAACUAAUAUCAUUGCUGGGAAACAAUAAUACAUUCUUAAGUUCUCAGAUGUUCUGGAUACUCCAAACAUAAUUUAAAUGGAUUUAUCAUGCAGAACACUUUUAAUUAUGUAAAACAAAAACUGUUGGUUUUUUUUUUUAAGUUGAAGGGCAUUAAUGAUAUUGUUUUCACACUGAUGUACAGUUUGCAUAGUUUUAAUGCUUUCAAAUUAUUUAGGGCAACUCAGACAGAUGCAGCAUUAUUUUACUGAAACUAAUACCUUAGGAAAUCUUUUAUACUUCUUGUAAUAUUCAAAAUAAAUUUAAAACGGUUCAAUCUGUACUUCCCUGGAUUCCAGGAAUCUACUAGUUGUUGUUUUUUUGUUUGUUUGUUUGUUUUUUUAACACAGGGACUGACUAACCAGGUAAAUAAACAAAACCAGGCCACGUGACAGCAAUUUGGUCACAGCUAGCUAUACAUUUCCUAUCCAAUACCAUUCCGUGAGAAAGCCUAUACGUUAACCAGCUAUAUAAGUAAUGUAAAGUCUACUUCACAGCAAAUCAUGUUAUAUCUAUUCCAGCCAACUGUUUCUAAGCAGCAGGAUAGAUAUGAAUGCUGGAACAACGAUAGGUCGAGUCAACCAAACUCAGUGUGUGUAGCCAAUCAAUGCUGUGUGCGUCCAUGUUGGAAGUGUUGCCAGGUGCCUAAGAAACCCUCAUAUACGGGAUACUUGAACUGACGCUGAUUGGUUAAUUUUUUUGUCCGCUGUUUGGGGGUUGGGCCUUCUGAACACAUUACGAAUUAUAUCAUAUACACAUAUUAAAACUUUUAAUAUACAUUUAAACGGC